GAGUGCGACGAUCGGUCAUGUCGUUUGCGCUCACCUAGAAUAUUCGUAUAUGUAUAAGGAGUUACCCACGGCUGUUACUCGAAUUAAUUAGCUGCGAUCAGCUGUGAUCAUGAAAGGAAAAACAUGAUGUUUUCGUGAUAUAUGUCAAAAAAUUGUCAGUAAAUGUAACUUUAAUAAUCCCAGUUGAGAUUUUCAGAAAAAUACGAUUCUAUUUCAGUUUUCAUUGGCGCACAAAAAUGUAAAGAGGAUGUGGAAUUUAGCUAGUGGUAGUUUCUCGUGAGAAGCGGUAUAUACUUAGCUCAGAAUGAAAGACGUGCAGUGGCAGAAAAAUUUGUAUGAGAAUUAUGGAUUGCCGGAUAAUUACACGGAUAGUUCCUUCUUAGAGCAAUUACGUAAAAAUAUAAAACCGAAUAAUGUAACAAUAAUAGAAGCGAUAAGCUUGGGUGCCAGCAUAUCCACAAGAUUGAGUGUCGUCGUACUUUUCGUCAUGGUAUUUAUUUGGCUAAACAACGAAUGGACCACUCCGAAUGUUAUCGUAAUAUCGGGGAGCAUGUUGACGAUUCUUGGGUAUUUUACAUACAACAUGAAAGUACCAGAUCGAUCUGUAAAACCAACGAAGGAUCUGUGGACAGUAUUAAUAUUUCUAACAUUUGGAUAUAUAUUAUCACCCAUUUUAAAAACCUUGACAGAAACGAUCAGUACCGAUACAAUCUACGCUAUGACGAUAUUUAUGUUCUUGACCCAUUUAAUAUUCAGCAAAUAUGGAUCGUCACAUAUUCUCUCGGACUCCUUGUCCAUAACUUCUUCAAUCUUUGGCUCAUUAAUGUUGGCCUCUAGAUUAGCAUCACCGUUACAUGCCUUUUCGCUUUUAACAGUUUCAGUUCAGUGCUUCGUACUAUUACCUUAUCUACUGUCGCAAAUAAAUAAUCAAAUUAUUAUAUCAACCGUUCUGACAAUUGGUACUAUAUAUUUGCUUUUACAUGUUUCACAAAUAUUUUCUUACGUUUUUAUUAUUGCUGUAAUAUUCAUUCAUUUCAUUUGUCCACUCUGGUAUAUCAGGUGUCAAAAAUAUAAAGAUAACAUUUAUGGUCCUUGGGAUGAAGCAGUAAUCGCUUCUUAAAAAAAGAAUAGAAUUAAAUUUUUUUAAGAGUAUCGAUCAUAAUUAUAAACUUGUAUAUGUGUAUAUUAACAAAUAUGUAAUCUAAAAUUGUGUACUUGUACUUUUUAUAGUAAAUAUAAAUGUAAUAAAUACAAUAUUCUAUAUUUAUCA